GACAUUGACAGCACUUUCGACUAGUCAUUGAAUCUAUUUUCAUUUUAUUUCCGAAGUUUUUCUGCAUUUUUCCUUCUGUGAUUUGUGUUUUUUAUUUAUAAUAAAAAUAUAGACCUAGAAAUCGGAAAGUCAUAGCACGUAAAAAAAUGAGGCUAUUGAAAAUACAGUAUACAUUAUUUUAAACAUACAAUUUAAACUCUAAAAAUAUUGUGUGAAUCGCAAAAUGGCAGGAGAUCCACUUUUUGGAUGGGAUUUAACAUUUAAGAGUGUUGAGAGGGACCUGAAGCGAAAAUCUGAUAUUCUUAUUGCUUUUAUUCAUUGGAAUUUAAUGAAAAGAGGUUUCCGCAGCAUUGGCAUUGGAGAUGAGCGCACAUUGACUGGCGAAGAAGAGAAAAAUGAAUUGCUGCCAACAGGAUGGAAUGAUAAAGACACAUAUACUAUACGAUAUAUAUUAGAUGACAAGCUGUAUAUACUCCAUGGAUUGAACACUGAUGGAAAUCUAAUCAUAAAUUUGAUGAGGUCAGAAGACUUAGCAGUAUCAAAUAUUGCAUUCAAUGUUGAUGACACAGUAAAGGAGAUGAGUGGGCCUAUAGCCAAGCUAAUACCGAACCACAAAGAUUUGAUAUACAAUGUGAAACGGGAUCUGAUAGAUACAAUUACAACAAGACCCACUGCAUCCACAGAGACACAGACAGCAACAAGUGGUAAUACCAGCAGGAUACCUGCUGAUGACCCACUGAGGGUCGGGCCAAGACCGCUACCGAGCGCGCAACCUGACAUACCAGAUGCAUGGGACUUGCCACCAGCACAUAUCAGAAAUAUUGGCCGUUCAGAUCUUGAUCCAUUCGCACCAAGCGGCGGCGGUAUGCUGUUCAACCCGUUUACACCUGGUAGAAAUCCAGACGAGCCCGGAAUUGGUAUCCCUGGCAGACUACCAAGAGGUGCUGUCCCGCCCGGAGCUCGCUUCGAUCCAUUCGGCCCGCCUGGCAUAGGGCCCCGUCCUGGUCGCAGACCGGCGCCCCCCGAUUCGGACCAUUUACCACCCCCAGGCUUCAACGAUCACAUGUUUAUGUAGUCUGAUAUUUCAUAUUAUAAGAUAUUCAAAGGGACAUUAAAGACUUUUUGUUAAAAGAA